CGGCGCUCACGGCCUCUGGGCUUCCCUGAAGUGCCUGCCAAAUAAGACCGGGAAAAGAAGGGCGACGGCCCGGGGAGAGGGGAGAAGCUGAGCCUGACUCCUGGGGGAUGGGGCCCAAAGGCAACAGUGAGAUUCAGAUGAGAUCCGGCGGAGUGCUUGAAUGUGAAAGCGGCCUAACAGGUCCUAGGAAGAAAAGCUGAAUGGAAGGUGCAGGUGGAAGAGAGGCAGCUCCGAGUGGAGGCUGGGGACCCGACUGGUGGAGCAGCCCUAGGGUCACGUAACUCUCUGCUGUGAGUUUCACAGACAGAGCUCUCCAGGUGUUUCAUUUGGUCUCUCAGUAUUUAAUUUGAUGAAUGCCAUCAUGGGAAGUGGCAUCCUUGGCUUAGCUUAUGUUAUGGCCCAUACUGGUAUCCUUGGAUUUAGUUUCCUGCUGCUGAUAGUUGCUCUUCUGGCUUCUUACUCAGUUCAUCUCCUGCUUAAUAUGUGUAUUCAGACAGCUGUGACAUCUUAUGAAGAUCUUGGACUCUUCGCAUUUGGAUUACCUGGAAAGGUGGUGGUGGCAGGCACCAUAGUAAUUCAGAAUGUUGGAGCUAUGUCAUCUUAUCUUUUAAUUAUUAAAACAGAGCUUCCUGCUGCUAUUUCAGAAUUUUUGUCUGGAGACUAUAGUAGGUCAUGGUAUCUUGAUGGACAAACACUACUAAUAAUCAUUUGCAUUGGCAUUGUGUUCCCUCUUGCACUUCUUCCUAAAAUAGGCUUCCUUGGCUACACAAGUAGUUUAUCAUUUUUCUUUAUGGUGUUCUUUGCUCUUGUGAUAGUAAUUAAAAAAUGGUCCAUCCCUUGUCCUCUGACAUUAAAUUAUGUAGAGCAAUACAUCCAGAUUUCAAAUGCGACAGAUGAUUGUAAACCAAAGCUCUUUCAUUUCUCCAAAGAGAGUGCCUAUGCCAUACCAACCAUGGCUUUUUCAUUUCUCUGCCAUACGUCAGUAUUGCCCAUAUACUGUGAGCUUCAAAGCCCUUCAAAGAAAAGAAUGCAGAAUGUAACCAAUACAGCAGUUGCUUUAAGUUUUCUCAUUUAUUUUGUAUCUGCACUCUUUGGAUACCUCACUUUUUAUGACAAAGUGGCGUCAGAAUUACUACAAGGCUAUAGUAAAUACCUGCCGCAUGAUGUUGUUGUCAUGACUGUGAAGUUGUGCAUACUGUUUGCUGUGCUUUUGACAGUGCCUCUAAUCCACUUCCCUGCAAGGAAAGCUUUAAUGAUGAUGUUUUUCUCCAAUUCUUCAUUCUCAUGGAUUCGCCAUUCUUUGAUCACUCUAGCACUCAAUAUUAUCAUCGUUUUACUUGCGAUAUAUGUUCCUGACAUUCGGAAUAUAUUUGGUGUGGUUGGUUCCAGUACAUCGACGUGUUUGAUUUUUGUAUUCCCAGGACUGUUUUAUCUUAAACUUAGCCGAGAGGACUUUCUCUCAGGGAGAAAGCUUGGGGCUUUUGUUUUGCUCAUCUUUGGAAUUUUGGUUGGGAAUUUUAGUUUAGCACUCAUCAUUUUUAAUUGGAUUAAUAAGUGAAAGACAUAUUUUCCUGCUUCUUAUGAAGACUAAUUUACCUCCAUAUGCAAAAAGGAAUAAUUCUGGAAGCCACCUUGGAUGAAUUCUCUUUGUGUGGGUUAACAUUUUUGUAAACAUUAUUAAUAGGAAAGUGGAACAAAAUGGGAGUGAGUAGAGGAAAGUGAGCUCAUAGCAAUUUUAAUCAAAAUAAGAAAGAAACUCAAAAUGCUCAGGUCAGUCUUUCAUUUGUGGGUUUAUUUUUUUUAAAAAAUCAAUAGACUUUAUUUUUUAGGGAAGUUUUAAUGUUUACAGAAAUAUUGAGCAAAAAGUACAGAGAGUUCCCAUAUAUCCCCUCACCCCCAGCACACCUGUACUUACCCAUAUUAUUAACACCUUUCAUUAGUGUAGUGCAUUUGUUAUUCUUGAUGAGCCAGUAUUGAUACAUUAUUAUUAACUGAAGGUCCAUAGUUUACAUUAGGGUUCACUC